UUAAAUUGUCCUUCAUCUUCCUGGUUUCCCCAUCAGCUCCGAUCGAGGCCUCUCUUAACCUCAUCGCAAGUCCACUCCAGUGCCCUGCCGCCUAUUUCACCGCCACUGCCACCACCGAUCAAGACGGUGGUGCCUGAUCCUCUGACCUAGAUUCUCGCAGCUUUCCUCUGGUUACCUAAGUGGGCUUUCAGUUUUUGAUUGUUGAGAAUGGUACUGGUCUUGGCUUUGGGAGAUUUGCACAUACCACACAGGGCCCCUGAUCUGCCAGCGAAGUUCAAAUCCAUGCUUGUCCCUGGCAAAAUCCAGCACAUCAUUUGCACAGGAAAUUUGUGUAUCAAAGAAGUGCAUGACUAUUUGAAGACUCUUUGUCCUGAUUUGCAUAUAGCUCGUGGAGAAUAUGAUGAAGAUACAAGAUAUCCAGAGACCAAAACACUAACCAUUGGUCAAUUUAAGCUCGGACUAUGCCAUGGCCAUCAGGUUAUUCCAUGGGGUGACCUAGACUCACUAGCAAUGCUUCAGAGGCAGCUUGAUGUAGACAUCCUUGUCACAGGUCACACCCAUCAGUUUACUGCUUACAAACAUGAGGGUGGUGUCGUUAUAAAUCCAGGUUCUGCAACAGGUGCUUACAGCAGCAUCACUUACGAUGUUAACCCAAGUUUUGUCCUCAUGGACAUUGAUGGCCUACGUGUUGUGGUUUAUGUGUAUGAACUCAUUGAUGGAGAGGUAAAGGUUGACAAGAUUGAUUUUAAGAAAACAUCCUCAAGCCACUCUGCUCAUUAAAAGACUUGUAUCAUGUUUUGUCUGAGUCUCUUAUAUUCUCUCUCUCCCCCCCCUCCCUCCCCAUCAUGUUUUGUCUCAGUCUCUUGUAUCCUUCUCUCCCUCCCUCUCUCUUUUAUUUUUCUGUUUUUAGUUUCUCUUCUGACCUUGUAAUAGGUUUUUUUUUUUUUUUUUGCCCCUUGUUUUAUCUUGUUUUGAGAUCUGUAAUUGACAAUAUCAUAUACUUCUAGCGAGGGUAUUGGUAAUUUGAUCAAAGUCUGCAUGCGAAACUUUUUUUU